UUCUUCUCUUUCUUUCCGUUUAACAACUUGAUUAAGUGUGCUUGUUCUCGUUAUUGAGCUAAGGCCAAAUUUUAGUAAUAUUGUAAAUUUUGGCAACUUGCACAAAAUUAUUUAAAGUAGAAGAAAUAUAGAAUAUGUCUACUAAAGCAGAACUUGCAUGUGUGUACGCUUCUCUCAUCCUUGUGGAUGAUGAUGUUGCUGUGACUGGUGAAAAAAUCUCUACCAUCUUAAAGGCGGCUAAUGUUGAAGUUGAACCUUACUGGCCCGGUUUGUUCGCUAAAGCUUUGGAGGGAGUCAACGUUAAAGAUUUGAUUACCAAUAUUGGCUCUGGGGUAGGCGGAGCCCCGGCGGCAGCUGCCCCUGCUGGCGGAGAAGCUGCUCCCGCUGCUGAAGCCAAGAAGGAAGAGAAAAAGGAAUCCGAGCCUGAAGAGUCUGAUGAUGAUUUAGGCUUUGCUCUCUUUGAGUAAUUUCAACAAGUUGUUUUCACUAUUUCUAAGAACCUUGUACCGGUUUUAAGGUGCAAUCAAAAGUAUGAUGAAAACAAAUACAAAUAAAUUUUAUAAAAACAAA